AUGGUUGAAAAGCGAUUGCCGCUCAUUAUGUUUGGCGGGGAUAUCGUCUUACACUUAGAGAUGAAAAAUCUUAAAGAACAACAUCAUCGUGAUCAAAUGAGCAAGCGACAACAACCAGUGGAUGAGAAAAAUUGUAACAUGACGACGAUGACGAUGACGUUGUUGUUGUUUGAGGGUUGGGAAGAGAAAAAUUGA